AUGAAAUGUUUUUAUACUCAUUAUUCUAGAUAAAUGAUUUACUUGCCAUCUGCCCUUGAAGGUAGUGGAUGAUCUCUCGUCAUGCUCGGAGAUAUCUCAAUGCUUCACUCAUAGAUCAAUUGAUGGUCUUGGCCUUGAGAAGUUCAACUUAAAUGAUUCACAGCUGAAUGCAGUAGCAGACUGUGUCUCAGUAAUGGAGAACCACUCACCUUCCCUAAAACUAAUAUGGGGGCCCCCUGGGACAGGUAAAACAAAAACUAUCAGCACUAUCCUGUGGGCAAUGCUCAUCAAGGGCUUAAAGACACUUACCUGUGCACCAACCAAUACUGCCGUAUUGGAAGUUGCAUCUCGAAUUGUCAGGCUUAUUGGAGAGUCCUCAGAUGGUAGCGUCUGCUUUCUGAAUAACAUUGUCCUGUUUGGAAAUAAGGAGAGGAUGAAAAUAGAUGGUGAUCAUGAUCUUUCCACGGUAUUCCUUGACUCACGUGCAAAGCGGUUGUCGUCAUGUUUCGUACCACAUACUGGUUGGAGGCAUUGCUUGUGCUCACUGAUAGAUCUUAUUGAGAAUCCUGUGACCAGGUACAAAUUGCAUAUUGAGCAUAUUCUUAGGGAAAAGGAGAUUUCUGAAAAGCAUGGGGACAAACGCCUCCAGCGCAAGGAUGCACAUUCUUUGCGCCCUCGUUAUCCUUUAGGUCAUGUUGUCGCACCUUUCUCUCUGUUCUGCAAGACAAUCCAUAACAGGUCUGAAGGUGACGAAGAAGAGUGCCAUAAGGAAGGAUGGCAUGACUAUGAAGCUAUGAUGGAGGCAUUCAGAGAAGUACCAUUCGAGAAGUAUUUGAAAGAUAGAUACAACAAACUUUCUGAGGAUUUGUGUUGUUGCAUUGAGAUACUGUAUAAUGAUUAUCCAAGAAGCUCUGAAGCAGAACAGAGUUUUCAGUGUAUGCUGGAAGUGCUUGAAUUAAUCGAAAUUCUCCAUGCUUUUAUAAAUCGUGACAGGGGUAAUGAUGAUAUAUGGUCAGAGGAACUUCUUGAGGGCAAAGUAGAAGAGGACAGUAAUCCUAUUUCCUGGCCUGAGAAGCUAGCCUGUGUGCGGACUAACACAUGCAGUAAAUCCAAGUUCAAGCUGGCCAGAUCCCUGUGUGUGCAAGAAUUAAGAUAUCUUCGCAAAAACUUGGAGCUUCCAAAUUAUUACACCAAGAGGGAAAUUCAACUGCAUCUUCUGCAGAGCGCGAAAUGCAUUCUUUGUACAGUUUCCAGUUCUUUCACGUUGUACGGUGUGCUCAUGGACGAUUCUUCUUCUGUUAAGUUGAAUCCUCUGGAGUUGCUGAUUGUUGAUGAGGCUGCACAGCUUAAAGAGUGUGAGACCUUAAUUCCCUUGCAGCUGCCAGGCAUAAAGCAGGCUGUUUUUAUUGGAGACGAAUAUCAGUUACCUGCUCUGGUGAAAAGCAAAGUAAGCUAUAUGUGUUGGCUAUUCUCUUCUUUCAAUUUUUCCUUUGAGAGCAAUGUAUUGACAUGUAAUAUGAUUCUGUAGAUAUCUGACAAUGCUAAAUUCGGGAGAAGUGUUUUUGAGAGGUUAAGUAUGCUGGGUUAUAGUAAGCACCUUCUCAAUGUGCAAUACAGGAUGCAUCCAGAAAUAAGCAAGUUUCCAGUUGUUACGUUUUACGAUGGCAAGAUAUCUGACGGUCCCAAUGUCACUACUAAGAGCUAUGAAAAGAGAUUCUUAGCAAGCAAAAUCUUUGGGUCAUACUCAUUCAUAAAUGCAGAUGGAGGACAUGAAACAACUGAGAAGCACGGACGUAGCCUGAAAAACACAAUUGAAGCUGCUGC